UAGGUGUCCCAGGCACCCUAGAGGCCCAGGUCCCCCCACUGCUGACCCCUGCACCCUCCAGCCUGACCCCCCAACCAGUCCAGCAAUGACGGAAAAAAACACCUCUGAGGACCCUGCCUGCAGUCCAGAGGAGACCACAUCUGAAUCUGCCAAGGUGCCCACUGCAGAGCCUCCCGGAGAAGUGGCAGCAUCAGAGUCAACUGGGGAAGAGCAGGUGCCCAAGCCACAGGCCCCUGCCCCUCAAACCCCUGCAGCCCCCGCAGCCACUAAGCCUGUGCCCCCAAGUGAAGACGUCCCCAGUGCCCCACUGCUGCUGACCCUGGAGGAUGUGAGCAGCAGUUCCGUGACUGUGAGCUGGGAGCCCCCAGAGAGGCUAGGGAGGCUGGGCCUCCAGGGCUAUGUGUUGGAGCUCUUCAGAGAGGGAGCCUCGGAGUGGGUGCCUGUGAAUGCCCGACCCAUGAUGGUGACCCAGCAGACCAUGCGGAACCUGGCUCUGGGAGACAAGUUCCUUCUGCGCGUGUCUGCAGUGAGUUCCGCAGGGGCUGGCCUACCAGCUGUGCUGGACCAGCCCAUCCACAUCCGAGAGAACAUCGAGGCCCCCAAGAUCCGUGUCCCUCGACACCUCCGUCAGACCUACAUCCGCCAGGUGGGAGAGGCAGUCAACCUGCAAAUCCCCUUCCAGGGAAAGCCUAAGCCUCAGGCCACAUGGACCCACAAUGGCCAUGCCCUGGACAGCCAGCGGGUGAGCGUGCGUACCGGGGACCAGGAUUCCAUCCUCUUCAUUCGCUCGGCCCAGCGCUCUGACUCUGGCCACUAUGAGCUCACUGUGCGCCUGGAAGACCUGGAGGCCAAGGCAACCAUUGACAUCCUGGUGAUUGAGAAACCUGGACCCCCCAGCAGCAUCCGUCUCCUGGACGUCUGGGGCUGCAACGCUGCUCUUCAGUGGACACCACCCCAGGACACAGGCAACACGGAGCUCCUGGGCUACACAGUGCAGAAGGCAGACAAAAAGACAGGGCAAUGGUUCACAGUGCUGGAGCGCUACCACCCGACCACCUGCACCGUCUCCGACCUCAUCAUCGGCAACUCGUACUCCUUCCGGGUCUUCUCAGAAAACCUGUGUGGGCUCAGCACCUCCGCCACCGUCACCAAGGAGCUCGCCCACAUCCAGAAGGCAGAUAUUGCUGCCAAACCAAAAGGGUUUAUUGAACGAGACUUCUCAGAAGCCCCCUCAUUCACCCAGCCCCUGGCUGACCACACCUCCACUCCUGGCUACAGCACCCAGCUGUUUUGCAGUGUCCGAGCUUCACCCAAGCCCAAGAUCAUCUGGAUGAAAAACAAGAUGGAGAUCCAGGGCAACCCCAAAUACCGUGCUCUCUCUGAGCAAGGCAUCUGCACCCUGGAGAUCCGGAAACCCAGCCCCUUUGAUUCCGGGGUCUACACCUGCAAGGCCAUCAAUGUGCUGGGGGAGGCAUCUGUGGACUGCCGGCUAGAGGUCAAAGCCUCAGCCACGCACUGAAGAGCCACGGGAGGAGGCUGUGAUGAGGAGCCAGGUCCCCCAGGCCCACCAUCAAACUCCAGAGGCACUCAAGACCCCCACUUCCAUAGCGAUGGCUGAAGGAACUGCCCCUGGUACCUGCUGGCCCCUCUCUCCCAGAGGCUGGUGUCCAAAACUCAGGAGUGGGCCUGGUAGGCCCCGGGCCAGGGUUCCUGGGCUCAAGGGGUCCUGGAGGGUGCAGAGAUGGGAGUGCUCUGCAGAGCCGCACUGGGUGGGAAGCACUCGAAUAAAGAUGUGUGGUGUCACAA